CAAAAUGACCGAUAAGAUGGAUAUGUCUUUAGACGACAUUAUCAAACAGAGCAGGCAGCAGAGAGGUGGAGGCCGGGGAGGAAGAGGCCGUGGCCGCGGAGGCACAGGCAGCGGCCGGGGUGGAGGCGCUGGGCGACUCGGAGGCGGCGGCGGAGGCUUUGGAGGCCGAGGCGGUGGAUCCGGCCCCAUGAGGAAUCGACAGAACCUGAGUCGCGCUAGAGGCAGACCUACGCCUUACAGCAGGGUAUGAGAAUGUUAGAGGAAUAAGCAGAGAAAUGUUUUCAUAUUGUGUCCCUUCUCCCGCAACCCAAAUGUGUAACGCACGUCGAGCUUCAACAGCCUACGGAAGGAGUGGAGGCCCUCAGCGCCAUUUUGAAUCCAGCCCCGCAUUGUGAAGCUAGUCGUCAGUGAGUGCUCAGUGAGAGGUAUCCUGGCCACGGUGGUGAAAGAAACCCACUUCGUCAAGAGUAUCACUCGAAAGUGUGUUUUCACUGCUUGUCGGAGCGGGAUAUGUGCUCAAGUUCCCGCCAGCGCAGCGACCAGGCGGCCUUUUGUUCGGGGAGUGGGUUCUCAAGCCCUCUGGUGGCUUUUUCUACCAGUUUGCCUGUUACUUGUGGAUGGAAAAGCGGACUUUUACUCCUCUGUUAGUGCCCAAACAAAACCGGUUCUUCGUCUUUUAAAGUGUGAUCGAGUUGGUAGCGAAGCCAAACAAAGCCCCAGUCAAAAUGGCGUGGUUUCAAAAUGGACGCUCACGCAGAGGGGAGAUCUGGCCAUUUUCACUCCUCAUCCAGCACACGGACUCUUCCCCUACUGAGAACUGUUCUGAGGUCCAGGACACAAAGUACCAGCGCUGGAGACGCCGCUGCAUCGAACAGGAGUCCCCGAGUGUCCCGAGGAGCUGGCUUUUCUGGAGGGAGGCGCAGAUGGCGAGAACAAUGGGCAUCUCUGCCUAAACAGCUCCCAGACAAGUGGCAGCACGACAUGUUCGACAACGGCUUCAGUGGCUUCAAUGGUGCUGCUGGGGGCGGCGGGGGAGCUGGUGUGGAAACUGGAGGGAAGCUCCUCGUCUCCAAUCUCGACUUCGGUGUUUCCGAUGCAGACAUUCAGGAACUUUUUGCGGAAUUCGGAACUCUGAAGAAAGCUGCAGUUCAUUACGACCGGUCGGGAAGAAGCUUAGGAACAGCAGAUGUCCACUUUGAAAGGAGAGCUGACGCUCUAAAGGCCAUGAAACAGUACAACGGCAUCCCACUGGAUGGGCGACCUAUGAACAUACAACUUGUCACGUCACAGAUUGACACACAGAGACGGCCGAUGCAGGGGCUGGGCAGAGGGGGUGGCCGUACGAACGUGGUUGUGCGAGGGUUUGGGGGCAUGCAGAGAGGUCGUGGGGGCCGUGGUGCUGGCGGUUUUCGAGGAAGAGGGCGAGGCGGCCGUGGAGCUGGUGGUGGAGCAAAGCAGCAGCUGUCAGCAGAGGAACUCGAUGCCCAGUUAGAUGCCUACAAUGCCAGGAUGGACACCAGCUAAGAGACAAAGUGCUUCCUACUCCUCACCCCUUCCUUUCUGUGCAGAGCAGCGUGGUUGUUACACACGUGCAGAAUAUUUUACACUUGGUCGUCUUCUGGUGUGAUUUGAUGUUGUUCAGACCUUAUUUUAAGUACUCCAAAGUGUUUUUUACCUGUUUUUUUUUUUUUUUUUUUUUUUCUCGAUGAAAAUGGUUUUUGACUGUAGGUUGAACUGGGUUUUGCCAGUUUCCCUCUGCCCUGUAGUAAAUGAAACUUGUAAUAAAAGCCUGCAGUGGGUAUCGACCGAUA